CACUAUCUCAAUCUCCAUGGCUGCAGCAACUUCGCCACCUAGGCCUGGCCAUUCCCCGGAUGGAGCCACAUUCAUCAAAGCGUUAGCUGAAUCAGGUAGCCUCACCUCCGUCCCUUCCAACUACAUCUUCACGAAUGAUCCUCUUGAUCAAGCUGUUUCAGAUCCAGAGGAAUCAAUCCCCAUCAUUGAUCUCUCUUCUCUCACCUCUGGCUCUCCUGAUCAACGUUCCAAGGCCAUCUGUGACCUUGGUAAAGCUUGCCAAGAAUGGGGCUUUUUCAUGGUAAUCAAUCAUGGAGUUUCUGAGAGCCUAAUUGAGAUGAUGAUGGAUUCCUGUCGACAAUUUUUCGACUUAACAGAGGAGGAGAAGAAGGAAUUUCAAGGAAAGCAUGUACUGGAUCCAAUAAGAUGUGGCACCAGCUUCAACCUUUCAGUUGAUAAAGUUCUCUUCUGGAGAGAUUACCUCAAAGUCUUUGUGCAUCCAGAAUUCCACUCACCUAAUAAGCCUCCCAACUUCAGUGACAAUUCUAUGGAAUAUUGCAAAAUAAUUCAUCAGGUGGCUAGGGAAUUGCUGAAAGGAAUAUCAGAGAGCUUGGGAUUGGAGGCUUUAUAUAUAGACAAGGCCAUGAAUCUCGACUUGGGGUUUCAAAUUCUCAUUGCAAACCUCUAUCCGGCAUGUCCGGUGCCGGAGCUGGCAAUGGGCAUUCCCCCUCACUCUGACCACGGCCUCUUGACAAUUCUUAUACAAAAUGGCGUCGACGGCCUUCAACUGCUGCACAAAGGGAAGUGGGUGAAUGUGAAAGCCGUUCCCAACUCGUUUCUGGUUAACACCGCUGACCACAUUGAGAUAUUGAGUAAUGGGAAGUACAAGAGCGUGAUGCAUCGGGCGGUGGUUAACAGCGAAGUUGCGAGGAUAUCUCUUGCCGUUGCCAAUGGACCGUCCCUUGAUACGGUGGUGAGGCCUGCAGAGGAGCUGGUGGACGACGGAGAUAAUCAGCCGGCAUACGUUGGGAUGAAGUACAGGGAAUACCUUCAACUACAACAGAGCAACCAGCUUGAUGGUAAAUCCUGCUUGGACCGAGUAAUGGUUUCGUGUAAUUAGAAGUAGGCCUGCGGAGCUGCCGCGGCAGUAAACAGGCAAUUGCUGUUUCUUUGUCAAUGUGUUAAACCCCCCAAGUUAAUUCCUCGACUAUUAUAUGAACUUAUGAGUUGGUCCCUCAACUAAGAAAAUCCCUAAUUUGGUCUUAAAGUUCUACAAGUUGCCUCCAAAUUGGUCUUUCUAUUAAAACUCCAAUGACAUG